UGCCGAUGGCCCAGCUGAAAGUGUGAUAAAUAGUAAUAUGAUUAUGGUAAAUAAUUAUAUUUGCUUGAUGAAGAAUGACACUUCUAUCGUUACAUUAAUUUAUAACAGAUGAUAAGGGGACUAGUAUAUGGCCACAAAGGAGAACAUAUUUUUGUAAUAUAAUAUUAUCUUAUAGAGUCGGGUAUUGAGUGCACAAACGCAAGUCUAAUCUAAUGACACAUUAUAGAAUGUAUAAGGAAGUGAAGGACUUCAAAUGUGAUGUUUGCUCUAAAACAUUUGCACAAAAGUCGCAUCUUAACGUACAUUAUAGAAUUCAUACAGGAGAAAAAAACUUCAAAUGUAAUCUUUGUUCUAAAACAUUUACAUUUAAGUGUGGUCUUUCAAGACACUUUAAAAUCCAUACUGGAAAUACUCGAGAAACGAACUUCGAAUGUGAUGUUUGUUUCAAGACAUUUACGGAAAAGUCAAAACUGAGCAGACAUCAUAUAAUCAAUACUGGAGAAAAAAACUUCAAAUGUAAUGUUUGUUUUAGAUCAUUUACACAUAAGUCACAGCUUAAUACACAUUAUAGAAUUCAUACUGGAGAAAAGAACUUCAAAUGUGGGGUUUGUUCUAAGCCAUUUAUACAAAAAUCCGGUCUUGACAGACAUUUUAGAAUUCAUACUGGAGAAAAGAACUUCAAAUGUGAUGUUUGUUCUAAAUCAUUUCCUGAAAAGUAUUAUCUUAACUUACAUUACAGAAUUCAUACUGGAGAAAGGGCUUUCAAAUGUGAUGUUUGUUCUAAAGCAUUUACUCAAAAAUCGAACCUGAACAAACAUUAUAAUAUACAUACUGAAGAAAAAAACUUCAAAUGUGAAAUCUGUUCUAAAACAUUUACACAAACGUCCAAUCUUAACAAACAUUAUAAUAUACAUACUGGAGAAAAGAACUUCAAAUGUGAUAUUUGUUUCACAACAUUUAGGCAAAAGGCUCAUCUUGUCAGUCAUAAUAGAGUUCAUACUGGAGAAAAGAACUUUAAAUGCGAUAUUUGUUCUAAACCAUUUAGGCACAAGUGGUGUCUCAAAGUACAUUAUAGCAGUCAUACUGGAGAAAAGAGGUUCAAAUGUAAUGUUUGUUUCAAAUCAUUUGCGCAAAGUACUAAUCUCAACUUACAUUAUAAAGUUCAUACUGGAGUAAAAUACUUCACGUGUAAUGUUUGUUCUAAAAGAUUUAGGCAAAAGGCACAUCUUGACAAACAUUAUAUCAUUCACACUGGAGAAAAGAACUUCAAGUGUAAUAUUUGCUCUAAAAGCUUUGGACGAAAGUCGCAUCUGGACUCACAUUAUAAAAUCCAUACCAGGGAAAAGAACUUUAAAUGCGAUGUUUGCUCUAUACGAUUUUCUCAUAAGUCUAGUCUUAACCGACAUUAUAGAAUGCAUACUUGAGAAAAGAACUUCACAUGUAAUAUUUGCUGUUUGUUUUAAAAUCUUUGGAUCGGAGGAAAGUCACAUCUCAACUUGUAGAAUAUGUAUUCUAGGUAUUUGUAGCAAAUUCAUAACUGUACUAAAUUUAGAUCGAGACUCAUAUGUUUUAGAACACAAUGUGACUUGAGGGAACCACGGCAUACAAUUGUUGUUCGAAUUAUUGUGUUUGAUCAUGGAAACUUUAUUGGGCUUUGUAAAUAAUUUGUUUUUAUGUAAAUAUAAAUUACCCGGAAUACAAUUGAUAUUCUAAUGUUUUUUCCGGCUAUCACUAGUACAUGUUAUUACUGUUUCUAGUA